AAAAUAUUUCGAAAUACAACGACGCUGUCCGCCAUGCUGGCGUCUGCGAGAUUCAACGUUUUCUGUCAAAAAUGAUUAGUUUUAAAGUAAUACGACGAAAAGGAUCGACUAACCGGGUGAAGUAAAACGUUGAUCGUUGACGUAACUCGAUCCGAAUUUCCUGAAAUAAAAGUUUCAGUCAAGAUAAAGGAGUACGGUAGAAAUUUCUCCUCGGGCAAGACAUGGGAGCCCGUGAAGGGUGCCAGUCGCGACAUGGCGGGUUUUCGAGAAGAGGAUAAGGCGCUAUUUCCCAUUCAAAGUAUAUCUUCGGUAGUAGAAAUAUUUAAAAAUCAAUUGGAAAACAGCUCGGAGCCCGACUUAGCGUUGUUGUCAAUACUCGUUGGUGCGGUUGAGAAUUCUUUGACGUGUAAUCGGACAUUUGCGUCGCAAGAGACCGCUGUUUACGACGAGCCGAAACUUCCAGCGGUAGAAUUUCACAUCGCCGAAGCUUUGUACACGAAAUUUCACGCGGUUAUUAAAGGAGCCGUCGACCUCACAGUUUACGACACUAAAUACGCGACCAGAGAGCUCGUCAAGAAAGUGUCAGAUGUCAUAUGGAAUUCUUUGACACGCAGUUACUACAAGGAUCGAGCGCAUCUUCAAAGUUUGUACAGUUACUUGACAGCUAAUAAGUUGGAUUGUUUCGGUGUCGCUUUCGCGGUCGUCGCCGGCUGUCAAGUUUUGGGAUUCAAAGAUGUUCAUCUUGCUAUGUCCGAAGACCAUGCAUGGGUUGUAUAUGGCGAAGACGGUGUCGAGACUGCUGAGGUCACAUGGCACGGAAAAGGGAACGAGGAUAAACGUGGCCAGCCAGUUGAACCGGGGAUUGCAUCUAGAUCCUGGUUAUACGUCAAUGGUCAAGCAGUUGUGUGUUCACGAACGAUGGAAGUUGCUACAAUUGUUUCUGCCAUAAAUCCGAGUCUCAGUGCGACUGCUGAUGCGGCUGAAGUGGCUCUACUGCAACAGGAAUUAUUGUGGUUAUUAUAUGAUCUGGGUCAUCUGGCAAAGUAUCCAAUGGCACUUGGAAAUCUCGGAGAUUUGGAAGAAGCCGCUCCUACACCCGGCAGGCCACCUGCCGUUCACUUGUUUCAGGAGGCUGUCAGAUCAGCGAGAAAAUAUUAUGGCAAUGCGCAUGUUUACCCAUAUACUUAUCAAGGAGGAUAUUUAUAUAGGCAUGGGUUACAUGCAAACGCACUUGCAUCAUGGGCUGGAGCAGCAGAUGUUCUAAGAAAGUAUGAUUAUUCAAGAGAUGAUGGUGAAAUAUACAAGGAGCUACUUGAAAUAGCAAAUGAAUUGAUACCCCACACAGUCAGGGCAGACGAGCGUCUUCUGCGACAACCGCGCUGUUUUGCUUAUCUUCUGCGUUUUUAUGAUGGCAUAUGUCAGUGGGAAGAAGGUGCGAACACACCAGUUUUGCACAUUGGUUGGGCGAGACCGUUGGUGAAUACAAUAUCGAAGUUUGACGCGAAUAUCAGAGCUCAGGUCAUCAUAGAAUGUUAUGAGGCAGAUCAGAAGUCUGAAGAGGAUAAGGCACAAAAGCGGGAGACAAAUAUUGACGAGACGCUAAAUAACAACAAUAAUAAUUAUUGCAAGACGAAGGAGAGGGGUAACACAGCUCGCGAUUUAAUAAAAAGUCUCGAAUCAAAAGUCCCCGCAACUCCGGCGCCGACGCAUCCGAGUAUUCAAGCUCUGACUGCUGCAUGCAGUGAGAAAAUACUAAACAGGGAUUACCUGCUACAAGGAGGUGGGGAGCCGUUCGUAGCACCAGCAGAAAACGCCUUGCCUGUUGAGCCAUCCACAUCGCAGGAACCGCUUGAUCCUGAAAUUGAAAGCGAUUUGGAAAGUGAGAAACCAAGAAUAACUUUGUACAGUCAGAAAAUGAAGGGCUUAAAAGACUUGUUACUAGCCGAGAAGUUGAACACGCAUGCAAUAUCGUUGCAACUAACCGCCCAAAGCCAGGUACAAAUUGGUAAAAAAGGUAGAGGUAGCGACGAAGGUGUUAGUCAGCGUCCAAAAAGGACGCGCAGGGAGUAGCAUUGGCAUACAUGUUUUGUAUGAUUGAAUAUUAAGAUAGAGUAUCUUAUAUCUUCCUAAGAAAUCUCUUAAUAACAAUGAUAAUAGAAGCAAUCGAUCCAUUCUUAACUAUCAAUUAUUACAGUAAAAUUGAUUGAUAAAUUAGCAUCAACGCGGUUGCAAAUUCAAAUAUCACGUUGUUCAUACGGAACUCAUUUUUUGUUCGGAUCAAUGAUUAAUUUGACUAAUUUGUUCAUACCAAUAAUGGCCGCGACCUAACCUUUCGCUUUGAAUUAUAUGUUUAACUGGAUUCUUAAACUGGUCCGUUACAUCGUUUGGUAGUAUGAAUUGGUACUCUAUUAUCUAUUGGUGGUGCAUAAUAAUUAUACAAUCCAAUGUAGGUUUAUUCAGCCCGUAAAGAUAGGAUGCUUACAUUACACAUGAAAUAAUAAAUAUUAUUAUUAUUAUCGAUAGGUGUAGGUAGUGUAGAGAAAGUAUGAGAAAAAAAAUUUUGUAGGAGAGUACAAAAAAGUUAUUUGAUUUUCGAGUCAAAUGAAAAAUAGGUGCUUGUGUCAUGUCUUUUUAUGUGAAAUUAAUGAGGCCUAGUUAAGAUUAAGAAAGAAAUGAUUUGUAAGUAUUGUAAAAAAAAAAAAAAAAAAGACGAAACAAAGGAGAAGAGAAAGAAGUGACGUUAAAUUUUUCGGAGUAAAAUACUUCUGGAAAAUCUCGUUUGUAAGUGAAAAAUGACUGAAAAAAGUUUUGGGCAAGUACAAAGUACCAGAUCGCGAUGGCGUAUUUAAUCAAACGCUCAACGUCGCGUAGUAUUAAAUUGCUCGUUACUCGGAACCUAGAUAAUAAAAAGAUUUGACAUCUGCAUCUGUAAAUAAAAAUAAGGUACUAUGCUACCUGUUCUAUUAAUCACAAUGAUUGCUCAUCAGUGAUGAUGGAUUCACACACUUAUUAGUCUAUUUCUAUUUUCUUGUUGCACUUUUGCUUAUUUAUUGAUUCAAGUUUUUCUAAUUAUCUAUUGCACUAUUAAUUAUGAUUAACAAGUUAAUGUUAAUGUUUUUUACGUGAAGUAGAUGAACUUUUGUUAGAAUUACGCUUUUAAAAUCUAGUAUCAACGAAAGAUAGAGGUAAAAAAUAACCUACAAACUACAACAUUCCACUCCAUAGGUGGUGCAAAAUGAUUCAUUUUAUUUAACUAAGAUAUUUUAAGCAUCAAAUGCUCGCUUAUUUUUAUAACUAUUUAUUUCCAGAGUAAUUAUGAGUAUUUUUAGAUUAAUUGUAAUUUUUAUUUUCCGGCCCUUUUAUCGCCACAGAAUUACUCGUAGCUCGGAUAUUAAUUUGAAAAGCUCGUAUAACAUAUUUCUACAUACUCAUUCGAUGAUCUGAGGAUGGAAAUAGAAUUUCCAAUGGAUACCUUCACUAAUUCAAACGCAACUUUCCUAAGCUUUAAAGCGCGUAGUAGGCAAAACUGGACUUUAUUACCAGUCAGAGAUAUUUCUUUGGUUUCUUAUAGAUACUUGAAGAGAGAAAAAGGUUUAAAUAUAUCAGCAGUCAGCGCAUUUUGUAUACAACUAAUUAUCACCUUAGAAUGUUUGAGUUACGGCAUUUUAUGGUAAUAUCCAUGCAAUAGAGUAGCACAUAAAUCAAGUUUUGGUAAUUGCGUGUUAUUCUUUGCCAGUGUUAGAUUUUGAUAGGGAAAAUUUGUUUUUCUAAUUGAAUCGUAUUUAUUGCGCGAAUGAUAAGAGGCUAUGUAUUCACGUAGAAAAAAUUUCAACCAAAAAUUGUCUCAUUUUUAAAUGUAAAUUACAAUACUUGUUUAACCAUGAUACGCGAAAUGUCAUAUAAUCAGUUAAUCUGUAUUUCAGAAUACGAUUUAGACAAAAUGAAAAAUCGAAAUUCAUUUUCUAUAGCUCAUAAGCUACUCUAAUAAUAUUGAAAUUGUAUGUGAUUUACGACACUUUUUGAUCAGGAAGUUAAUUUCACUGAAUAUAUUGAUAUACGUAUAAUAUAUUUAUCAGUACUACUUACGAGUCAAUUUUUAAACCGUAUUGUAUGAAAGGUAUUUAUCAGGCGCCAGCUGAAUACUAUUGGCUUUAUUUCUUCAUGUAAACAAAGAGCUUGAUAAAAUUUUUCAAAAUUUUUACGUGUAAAAAAUUGGUCGUUAAUUUACCAAAUAAUUUGCAAUUAUGUGUUGAAAAAUGACGAGAGAGUAUAUUAUCAAAGAAUAUUCUAUGGAUUUUAAUGAUCAGUACAACUGAUGACAGCUAAUAAUUUACAGUUGGCAACUGGAACUAAAACAAUUUGUAUAUACAAUAAUUCGUUGCAAAGUAGGUACAUAAAUAGUAUUAUGUAGCAUCUUUCCGUAAUUACCUCGAUGUUUCUUAAACUGAAGUACCAAUUACGUAGCUAAAUGGAGGUGAAUAUCCAUGUUCGACAAAUAUAUGUCAUGACAUUCUUAUUUUCAUUUUUUUCUUUCAUCUAUGAGCAGCAUCGUGAGGUAUUCAUUUUAUAAUGUUUGAUAGGUUGUUGAAGAAUGGUUUGUUAGAUGGGAAUGAGAGUAAAAAAAUCUAAUAAAAAGAUCAAUGGUCACAUAAUAUUGAAAGGCGCUAUCUUACUGUGAUGCAGAAUAUGCUAUAUUAUACUAGUGAUGAUAGUAAUAAUAUAGGAAAUAUAUUAAAUAUGAAUUGUCUUAAUGAUAUCGCUUUAUCUUGCAGUAAAGAGUCUCCGAGUACAAAAUUACAAAUGACACGCCUGUAUAUGAAGCUUUCUUCGUUGGAAGAUAUUCAUUCAAAACUUACCAUUCACGGCUCAUUUCUUAAUUUUCCAACAAUACGAUACUGCUUGGGAAAAUCGUAUUCCCAUUUAAAAGUAUUAAGAUGGAAGAUAUGACGGAAUUGAGAAAACGUCAACGGUCAGUUUCGAAUAUACUUUUUCCAACUAAGACAUUCGAUCGAUGUAAUGAACUGAUUUUUUAUGUUUAGUGGAUAAACUCCUAUUUUUAUUUUGCGAUCUCUUGAAGUUGUUAUUUUUUUAUAUUCACACCGAAAAUGGUGUAUUCACAAGAAGCAUAUUACCUGAUGUAACACUAACAAUUGGCACAUUAGAUUCAACAUUAUAUUCAUAGUAUUUUAUCACGAUUAUCCAACAAUGGAUGAGAAAAGAUGUAAAGAAGGCAGUAAAUUGUCAUGUAUUAUGUCAAAGAAGAGGCACUAUAAAAAUUGCUUCAAGGUAUCGCGAAUUUAUAAAUUAAAAUAUGCAAAUCCUGCAGGUGAGAACUGGUGCAUAAUAUGUAGCAUGAAAUUUCUAUAAAAUCUAUCAUAUAGUAAAAUUUGUAGCGUUAGUCACUAAAUAGCGCUCACUGGAAGAAAAAAAAAACAUGAAUUUUUAACGCACAGUACAUUUGACUGUUGUCGGCAAAAUAUUUGCAAACUGUUACGUUAUGUAGAAUCAGCUCCUACAUAUUAUAAUAGUCGUGAAACAUUUUGUACAAGCAUGAUAUCUUCUUCCACAUUAUAACUUAUUGUAUACGAAAAAACAAUAUGACAAAAAAUGAAUUUGAUGAAUGAAUUGCAAAUGAUGUUCAGUACUUGGAAAAUUCAACUUUGUUAUGAGCCAUUGUUAAUUUCCAAUUAAGGUAUUUUAUAACAAUUUCAAUAUGCAUAACUUUAUAUUUGCAAUUAUGCAAAUAUUUCUAUAUACGUAUGAUAUACCUAUAAUGGAAGUCGUAGGCUAUUUAUGCACAUUUAGAUCGUGUAUUAAGCGUAGUAAGAAAUAUAUUUGAUUCGAGUAUGCUGCGCGCCAUUCUCAGUAUUUGAUGUUACAUUGACUAAUUUAUUAGUAAAUGAUAAAUGUGAAGGUGUUAAUGUGCAUAAUACUAGCAACGUAAAAAAAAUGAAAAAUAUGGUAAACAAAACAGUAUUUUUAUAUUAGCAAAGUAUAAACGUGAACUUGGCUUUUUAGUUGGAUUGAAAAUUUUGUAGUAAAAUUGUAUUGCUAUGAGCAAUUAAUUUUUUUCACUGUUCCGUACAUAAUUCUGACAAAUGUCAUCUCUGAACAUUAGCUAACAAUGCUUCGAAUUUAUAAUUCAAAUUCAAUUUACUUUAUGUGUACUUGUACAUUUUAAUCAAUAUGACGUAUAUUGAAGAAUAUCAGAGACAAAUGCUUAGAGGCACAAAAUAUGAAUUAUAUUAUAACAUACCUACUUGUACCAAUAAUCUCUUUCAACAUUUUCUUAUCAUUAAUUUAAAAUACGACGGUUGUAUAAUUAAUAUUAUUACGAAUAUUAUAUUAUUUUAUUUCUUGAGAAUUGCGUGUCUAAUGUUACUGAGCCAAGUCCACUCAAACAUUCAUCUGAGUUUGGCAAGGAAGUGUUUGGCAUAAUUAAAAUAAUACAAAAAUAUAUACAUAAAUAUUUGUCAAAUGUACUUCUUAUUGUCAAAAGAAUAUUUAAACUCCAUUCGGCGAUGCAAAGACCAAAACCGUAAAAUAUUGACUACUGAAUCCUCCAGUACUUUCGAUUUUUCGGAUCAAAAAAGAAUUGUUCAAUACCGCGAUGAAAAGGAUAAAAAAAAAAACUGCCGUGACUGAUAGAUUAUGAUUUUUCAUCUAAUUUAUUUUUUCUAUAUUGUAUUACGUUUUAUUAAUUUUACAUAACUGAUCACCCCGCUAUUUGCUUUCUGAUACAUACGAGCCAACAGGAACUGUUGUGUGCCAUAAACUGUAAUUUUUAAAUUAAUAAUAAUAAUAUUAAUGAUAUUCCAUGUAGCAUGUUACAUGAACCAAGUUUUUGAACAUCCAGCUUAUUGUUUCCGAUGAUAUUUCUGUAAUUGGAAUCUAUAUAAUACCAACUAUUUUAUUUUCCCAGCAAUAAUUACUACUUAAUUGUUGUUUGCGCACAAAUUGACCUAAUGUAUCAGCUAUUUGGUUUGUUAUGUCGGCCGACCUGUGUUUGAGAAAUGUAAAUAAGUAAUGCUUGAAAAUUUGGAUAUUGUAUAGAUGUAUAAUACUAGUGUUAGUAUAUACCGAAUAGGGAAAUACGUAUACCAAGUUGAAUAUAUCUGCUCUUUGUUGAUAGAAUCUGUUGAAUUAAAUUUUUUAAAUGCAGCAUAUUCGUUUCCUUGUGACGAAAGGAAAAUUUAAAAAACUACAUGCAACAAAAUCAUAAUCGCUAAAUUUUAGGCAAAAGUCGAAUAUACCAACAAUGAAUGUAGCAUAUGCGUUCACUUAACUUUUGUGCGGCAUGCAUAUUUUUGUAUUGAAUUUGCUUUAUCGUGUUGCUUUAAAAAUAUUUUUACCGACUUAUAGAUCGCUGAAGAAAUGGCGCGAAGUAUUGCAUCUAUAUUUUAUCUCUGUCUUCGAGCUGUUAUUGAAUUUAAACUAUUUAGAAUUUCUCAAUUAAUCGUCAUAACUUCCAUAGAGAAAAAGUUGUUAGAAUCAAAGCCACUAAGAUAAUGCAAUUGAAUAAUUCAUUUCAGUUAGUAUCUCUCACGUACUUAAAAAGCUUGAUUUCAAGCUGCAUCGGUGAUACAUUAAUAGUAAUAAUGAUGAUUCUGAAAUCCGCAAGUGCAAUCUGUUUGCGAUAAGAAGAAGUGACUUUAUUCUAAUAAUACUUCUACAUUGUUCGCAAUGUAAUUACAAAUCUUAGUGAAAACAAUUCAAUCAGAGAGAAAUUACAAGCUAUGUUGCAAAGUGAUGAAGAAAAUUUAUAUCGAGCCAUGCUACUGAAAACAAUCCUUCUUCACAUCGCUGCGGGGCAUUCAUAGAGCACCAUUUCAAUUUUAGUUCAAUUUUGUAUGGAGUUUUACUAUACAUCUGGUACUUGGUGGUGGCAGUAAAGUAAAUGAAGAAGACCUUUAUUGUCAUUUGCUUCGGCCCGUUCUUGAGACUUAUGGAUGAGAAGUGGUGCUCUGCAAAGUAUGCAGAUUUUAUGUUGAUUAUCCACACAUUGUUAAAAAACAUAACACUUGAGUUGUAAAAAAUAUUGAAAAUAUGUCUUGUUUUUCUGUGGAUCAUAAUAAACUAUUUUAUUCUAAAUUGAUGACGUGUCCAACCAUUAUUUCAAUAAAAUAAUUAAGCUUCACAUUGUCUUAGAUUGUGCAAGAUUGAUACUUUGUUACAAGAUGUAGAGGAUACAUUAUACAUUUAUUGUAUCAUUUACACAAUUUUAACAAAUGAUGUCUUGUCUAUUUCAGUAAGCGGUAAAGAAAAUAAUACGAAUCGAUGUUGAAUAUAUAUUAUUAUCAUUAUUAUUACUAUAAUUAUUAUUUGUAGGCACGAGGAAUGUCCAGAAAAAGCAAUUUUUUGUGACAUAAAAAUGAUGAGUCUAUAACUAGAACAAGGAUUGAUUAUAAUAUAAAAGAUUUAAAUAAAUUACAAUAUUAAUUAGGGUAAUUCUUAAUCUAACAGUAAUAUUUGGUCAUUGAUCGCUUUUAACGUCAAAAGCUUACGAAUAGUAAUUCAUUCGAUUCAACCAAACCCAUCUAUUUAGGUGCACAGAAUUUAGUGAUAGUGGGUAAUAAUUAUCAUAAACGAAAUCAAAGUCUAAUACAAAGAAUAAUAAUCAUUUCUUUCAAAGAUUAGACAAACGAAAUUACAUAUCAGUAUCAGUUUAAUUCAGUGCAUAUAAACCGUCAAAGAAGUACGGUGCGUUGGUAACUUAUAAUUUAUAUUAUAUUUGAGGUUUUUACUUUGAAAAAUUAUAGCUUUUUCUUAGUUAACGCAGUUACAAAUAAAUAAAAUAAAA